AUGGUGAAGCAAUGGCUGCAGACAGACUUCCACCCCACCUCUGUUGUCAAAAUGCUCUUCCAGCCUGGAUACCCUCAGCCAGCCGAGGGUAGCCAAGAGGAAAGGGACCCUACCGCCAGAGGACACGUGGAGGCUCCACAGUUCCCCACUGAGCUUGAGGAGAGACCGGAGGUUGAGGAGGAACUUUAUGUUCCUGAGGCCAUAGAGGAAAUGCCAACAGCUCCUCCCUCCAUCCAGGUGCCGGUGGAGGACCUGUUUGUGGAGCCUGGUCAAUCAGCUACCUUCACCAUCAUCAUCACAGGAAGGCCCACCCCCGAGAUUCAGUGGUACAAGGAUGGAGAGGAGCUGUUGGCCACUGAGAAUGUGGAGGUGGUCCAGAAUGGUGCCCGCUGCUCUCUGACUGUGCUGUGCCCGGAGAGUGAGGACGGUGGCAUCUACACCUGCUGGGCCUAUAACGACUUAGGACACACCUCCUGUCAGGCUCAGCUGACAGUGGAGGAGGGUCCACUGGAGUCGCAGGAGAGAGAGGUGGAGCUUGGGAAGAGGAGGAAGCUGCUGUCUGUGUAUGACGUCCAUGAGGAGAUUGGGAGAGGCACGUAUGGGGUGGUAAAGCGGGUUACCCACAGGAGGACGGGUGAGGGCUUUGCCGCCAAGUUCCUGCCCCUGAGGAGCAGUACGAGGACCAGGGCGUUCCAAGAGAGGGACCUGCUCUCCCGGCUGGCCCACCCCAGGGUGGCCUGUCUGCUGGACUUCUUCUCUACACGGAGGACCCUGGUCCUGGUCACUGAAGCCUGCUCUUCUCGCGGUCUCCUUGAUCAUUUGCUGUCGAAGGGAUCAGUCAGCGAGAGAGAGGUGCAGAUGUACAUUCAGCAAAUCCUGGAGGGAGUUGGUCACAUCCACAGCAUGAACAUCCUACAUCUGGACAUCAAACCGGACAAUAUCCUGAUGGUGUUUCCACCCAGAGAGGAGAUCAAGAUCUGUGACUUUGGCUUCUGUCAGGAGAUGGACACUUCCAGACACCAGUACAGCCAGUUUGGCACCCCUGAGUUUGUGGCCCCUGAGAUCAUACAUCAAGACCCCGUCACUACAGCAAGUGACAUCUGGUCCAUUGGUGUUGUGGCCUAUUUAUGUCUGAUGUGCCGCUGUCCGUUCACGGGGGAGACGGACCGGGCCACUCUGAUGAGGGUGGGGGAGGGGACACUGAACUGGGACGCACCCGACCUCACCUACAGGAGCACCGGUGCCCAGGGCUUCCUCCGCACGGUCCUGCAGCCAGACCCAGUAAAACGACCAACUGCAUUUGAGUGUCUGGGGCACGAAUGGUUCCAGGGUGAACAUGAGGAUGAGACUGACGAUAUCAAUACAAGGGCUCUGAAAGUCUUCAUCUCAAGGAGAAAAUGGCAGCGUUCUCUGACCUGCCUUGGCUCGGUGCUAAUCCUGAAGCCCAUCCCAGAGCUGCUGGAUGCCCCUCUUCGGGAGACCUCCAUCACAGCCCCCCGGGACCCCCAUGAGCCGAGCAGCACCUCCAUGAGCAGCGGCUCCUCCUCUGAGUACGACGAGGCCGAUGCCUGGGACUUCUUCCACCAUUGCACCACAGCUGACGAGGAUGAAGACGAGGAGGAGGAAGAAUUUGACCCUCUCAUGGAGAGAGCCAGGAUCCCUGAGCCCUUUGCCAAACUGAAAUUGGAGGAAGAGGAGGAGGGGACCAUGGAGGAGGAGGACGAGGAGGAGGAGGAGGAGGAGGAGAUGGGAGGACAGAUGAGAGUGCUGGAGAGGAGCCUAAGCAGGCAGUCUAUAGGGUCCUCGGAUGCGUCACAGCAGCCGACCCCCCAGAGGGAGAGGAGGGUCAGCCGAGAAAGCAGCCCGUCCCUAUACCUCUCCGAGGGGGAUGAUGGCUCCGCGUCCGGGAGUGAAGGAGGCUGCAUCGCCAGGAGCAGCCUGAUCCGCAGCACUUUCUACAACAGCUCCGCGCAGCUCUCGCCAAUGUCCGCUCGCCACAUGACCCUCAGGGACAAGUUCCAGGCCAAGAAGCAGGAGAGGGGCCGCAAGCCGCUCCGCAGAAGCCUCUCUAGCCGCCUCAACGAGCCUCUCAUUGAGUAUGUGGAGGACGAAGGCGAGACCAAUCACGGGCAAAGGCGAGGGUCUUUGCAGUCGUCCAUGCUCAAGUCCUGCUCCUUUGACAGCGGGGUCAGCCUCUCGCACAAUGCACCACCACAGAGGAGGAGCAAGUCGUUGGACGAGUACUCCCGACGCUCACCAGGAUCCGCCAAACGUAGAGAAGAGGAGAGUGCUUUGAAUCUUAAGGAGGUGUUCACUGACAAGGAGGAAGAGGAGAAGAGCUUGGACAUUCCCCCUCUCCAAGUGAGAGGUAGAAGAGGUUCAGUGGCAGUGGCUCCCAAACAGCUUACGGCCAGGCUUCAGGAACUGUGUGCAAAAUCGCCCCAUGCUGGUCCAGAGAAGAGCCUCAGGCCAGAGGAGGAGGCGGGGAACCUGGCUGGCUCUCAGUACUCCCUGGCUGAGUCCCUCAUCUUGGAGCAUGGCUCUGAGGGCUCCAGCAGGCUGGACUCUUGUGAGGAGCUGUCCCACGGCUACCCUGCAGCCACACAAAGAGGGAGAGCAGGGGAUGAGUAUGAUGACCAGGAGGAGCCCCUGAUCACAACGUCCCCCUGCUCCCUGCUCCAGGGAUCUGAGGGUGUGGAAGCUAAUAAUGAGCCCCAGUGCCGGAGCGGCCAACUUCAGAUCCCACCGAGAAGGACAACCCACCCCAAUCAGAACUCAACGGCCAGAAAUAAUGGUAAGGCAGAGAAGACGAUCCUGCCGGUGAAAACCAGCCCCAGCCUGUCCUUCAAGGCCCCAGAGAGACCCUCGAGGGCCAGCGACACAGAGGCACAUCUCCAGAGGCACUCAUCCACCCCGGCCCUCCAGGCCAAACCGCCCACGGGGAAGUCUCCCAGGAUGUCACCCAAGGUUGGGUUGAUGAAUCUGUUACGUAGGCAGUCCUGGGCGGGGCAUUCCUACUCACAACUGGAGGGCACGGAGCAGGGACCCACGCUAGGGGAAUUGGAGCACAAAACCCCCACCAUGUCACUCAGGAAAAAGAUGAGGGCAUCAGCCUCUAGCCUCACCAAGCUGUUCACCAAAUCGUCCAGCAAGGAGGACUUAACGAAGGGAGGGCCGAUUGUAAAGGGUUCCUCUCCUGCUCCACCUGAGCAAAAGGCGAGUGCUGGCUUGGAGAGUGCUAAAAAGAAGUCCACAUUAUUUUCAUUUAAAAUACCUAAAAUACCUGCAUUCAAGAAGAACAAAGAGAUGCUCAUCCACCUGACCAGGCCUGAUGUGCACCAAUUGGAGGCAGGUGGAUUUCUGCUGGUAUGGAGACCAGUGCAGUCCAGCGACCCAGUCGUUUACUGUGUUCAGUACAGCACAGACGGUGGGGAGUGGAAGCUACUGUGCGAGGAGGUGACAGACAGUUGCUACGUAGUGAAGGACUUACUCAGAGGAGCAGGAUACGUAUUCAGGGUGGGCUGCAUCACCAAGAAGGGGGCAGGACCUUUCAGCGACCCUUCGCCCCCUGUUGUUAUGGCAACUCAUCCUAAAGAGACCCACAUUCCCCUCAUCCAGACCGAGUACCCAGGAUCAAAGGGCAGUGGGUCAAGAGGUCAACCUAGCCACAAGACCUACAGCUUCCUCGCAGAGAUCAACAGGGGUCGUUUCAGCGUGGUGACCCAGUGUCAGGACGGCCAGAGCCAGCAGCUGUUUGCUGCCAAGAUCACCCCUUACAGGCCAGAAAAUAGAGCUCUGGUGCUCAGGGAGUACCAGCUGCUUAAGAAGCUCAACCACCCCCACCUGGUGCAGCUGCACACGGCCUACAUUACCCCCCACUGCCUGGUGCUUAUCCAGGAGCUGUGUGCUGGCAGAGAGCUGCUCUACAACCUGACUGAGAGAGAUCUUUAUGCUGAACUCCAUGUAGCAGAGCUGCUGGCUCAGAUCCUGAGUGCUGUGGACUACCUGCACAGCCGCCGCGUCGUCCACCUGGACCUCAAGUCGGACAACAUGCUGGUGACGGACCGCAACGUGCUGAAGAUCGUAGACCUGGGCUCCGCUCAGUCUUUCACACCCGGACAGACACUCAACAUAGAGGACAUUCCGGGACAAGAGAAAGAGACUCCAUCGAGCGCCUCUCCACAGACAACGGGCAGAAACAGAAUGGCAGAUGGGGCUCCAGAAAUCCUCGACGGACAAGGAGUCGGACCUGAGACCGACAUCUGGGCUAUUGGGGUUUUGGCUUUUAUAAUGUUGAGUGCAGAUAGCCCGUUCCAUUCAGACCUCAACUGGGAGAGGGACAGAAACAUCCGGAAGGGGAAGAUCCAGUUUGGCCGCUGCUACCCUGGCUUGUCAGAGGGAGCAAUCAACUUCAUAAAGAACACACUGAGCAUCAAGGCCUGGGAGAGACCCUCGGCGGCUGAGUGCCUCCAGAACCCGUGGGUACGAGGCGAGCGGGCCCCCUCCAAACACAGAGACUCCAUCUUGUGUUUCUCCACUGACAAGCUGCAGGCUUUCCUCACGGAGAGAGAGGUGAAACGAGACCAGGUCCGCACCAAGCUGCAAGGCCCGUUCUUCCAAUAAUUACACUUCUCUCUGAUGUUUAGAGUAGGGCUUGUAAGGACUUACACAUGAACUGGCGCUGGAUGACGUCUCUUCAUAGCCCAGAUCCUGAUCACAAAAUAUGUGACGUCUUACAAAUGUUGACCUAAAAUGGAGAGUGGUCAAAUGUGUGCGUAUCAAUGGCUGCCUAGAGUUUUGUUAAAAGUCUGAAGGACUUGGACUUUGGCUUUGGUUGAAUGACAGCGCCAUGGUAUCAGGGAAAUGUUUAGUUAAAUGCUUUCUGCAAAUACUGUUGCAUGAGUUUGAAAACAUGAUGAUAUUGAUGUGUAAAAUGCAUCAUCCCUUUGAGUUUGCAGCAUUGGACACUAAACACACUUGACAUUUACAUUUUAGUCAUUUAAGCAGACGCUCUCAUCCAGAGCGACUUACAGUUAGACGUUUGUAAUAACAAAGGCUGUUGCAUCUCGCCAUUCAGACAAUGUUUGUGUUUUUUUUGUGUGAAUCUUAACAAUAUGUUUGUGGUUCAUUAGCCAAAGAGAAAGAUCAGAGGAGGAUUCAUGUGCCCAAAGCAUAGGGCAAGGGCCCCUACCAGAAUACAGCUUUGUCUCACAAAGGGAGGAACAUUGAAAUAUUUAUAUACAAAUAUAGAUAGAUAUUUACACUACUGCAAUGUUUUCAACUGUCUUAUUAUUAUGUAUAAAUGCAGGAACAGAUUAUAUCAAUGGAGAAUAAGAUCACAAGUAAACUAAGCAUAUUUUUGAUGAUCGUUUGUUUGAUUUCAUGGAGUAUACCCUGUGACGGGUGACGGAUGUACCUGAAAGGCUAAUUAAACAGUAUGUCAGUG